AUGUCGGACUCACCAUUUCAAUCUGCCGACGAACCAUCGUCCCUAUCCUCAUCAGCAUACAUGAUAUCAUCGCAAUUCAACACGUCCACACAUUAUAGUCUAUCAUCGGAUGACGAAGAAAUCGCUUCCUUACCCUCAGAGACAUCGACCGAAUCAGACCUACUCUCAGACUAUGACGACUCGGACGCUGAAGAGCAAUGGCGGGAAAGUUUACAGCAGCUAGAGCUGCUUCUCACAAUGGUUAUCGUGCCCUUUAUAGGCAAAUAUGCCGGUAGGAGGUGCGCAUAUUGGGGCUGGGCCAAAUUCAUGGGGUGGAAAUAUCCAAUCGAGACCGUCAUUACGAAUAAGGCAGUGUUCCGUUCAGCAGGAGUUAUUGGUGCCGCUGCCCUCUGA